AAUAUUAAUGUCAAAAACAACUUUUUAUCGUAUAAGUAUUUGUUAUUUAUUAAAAAAAAGUUGUACAAGUUUAUAACCCUUUAAGCUAAUAAAUAAAUGUUUCGAUAGUGCAUAAAUAAAACAAUUCUACAAGCUUCUUUUACGUACGGCGUAUUAACUCAAUUUUGUUAUCGUUUUACUGUUCCUGCAUUUUUAAAUUGUCGUGUAUUAUUAUUAUGUAUAUUAUUAUUAUUGUUAUUCUUUUAAAAUCAAAUUGUACACGCAAUUUUUAAAUUUUAUUUUCGAAAAUGCUUGAAAAUCACAUUUUAUGACAAAAAUAAAAUUAGUUUGUAUGUUUCGCCGCUAGAAGUCUCAACAGUAGUCGAAUAGAAUUCAAGGUCACGUGAUAUCGUCGUUCGUCCAAUUCUUAAAUUUAAUUUACAAAUAAAAACUAAGAAACAAGAAGCAAUUUAAAAACAACGUUACAAAAUCAUGUCUUUUUGUAAUACAAAGGACAUUGCCAAAGAAUAUAAUAAUUUUUUGGCAGCUUAUCAAGAAUUAAAAUUUUCAAAACUUAAUCAAAAUCAACAUAAAAUACUGGACAUUGAACGACGUUGUCUUGCUGUGAAAUAUUUAACAGCAAAAAGAUCGGGCUUUGAGGAUGUAGCAACAUGUUUGCUCGAAAAAGGCCUAGAAGAAUAUCAACAACAGAUAGAAAAGGGCGGGAAUUAUUGGAAUUUAGUUGAAAUGAAAAUUGCUGAAAAUGAUAAUGAUCCAUUACAAUGGAAAUCAGGAUUAAACGAUGUAAAAACAGCAGUUGAUUUCGUAAAAUGUUUGCCAUGUCAAGAUGAGAAUACUUCAUCAUGCAAAGAAAGAAUUGUUAAUGAUGGUUAUAUCCAAGAUAUUGUUGAUAUGUGGAAGACACAGGAUACAAGAAGGAGGAAAUGUAAUGUACAAACACGGCCAAUGUAUGAAACAAUUCAAGCAAAUGAUGAUAAAAUUUCUCUUAUAAAUAAGAAUUUCCAGAAAAAUGAAAUAAAUGUUGCUUCAUCAUCUGCACGAUAUUAUAGUGAUAAAAACAGUCGUGUAGAAAUUAAUAAAGAAGAAUUUCAGAACUUAGGAACUCCAGGUUAUUCAUUUAAAACUGCCAGAGAUGAAUUAAGUGCUCAACAAAGUUUAAGGAAUAGGCCAGCACAGAAGAAGACAUUAGGUGGUAAAUCUUCUAUUAAUUCUCGAUUUGUGUGUCCGUUUAAACGUGAGAAAGAAAAAGUAAUGCAUUGCCAAGGUAACACAACAGAAAAUGAAAGUAAUUCGACAGAACUAGAAGAUGAGAGGUUGAAAAAUAUUGAUCCAAAAAUGAUAGAGCUAGUUAAAAAUGAAAUUAUGGAUUUACGAACAUCAGUUUCUUGGGAUGAUAUUGCAGGACUUGAAUAUGCUAAAAAAAUUAUUAAAGAAGUAAUUGUAUUUCCUAUGUUAAGACCUGAUAUUUUUACUGGCUUACGUAGACCACCAAAAGGAAUUUUAUUAUUUGGACCACCUGGUACGGGUAAAACAUUGAUUGGAAGAUGCAUUGCAGUGCAAAGUAAAUCAACAUUUUUUUCUAUAUCAGCAAGCUCUUUAACUUCAAAGUGGAUAGGUGAAGGAGAAAAAAUGGUUAGAGCAUUAUUUGCUGUAGCUAGAGUACAUCAACCUUCAGUUAUUUUCAUUGAUGAAAUAGACUCUUUACUUAGUCAAAGAUCAGAGACAGAGCAUGAAAGUUCAAGAAGACUUAAAACCGAAUUUUUAGUACAACUAGAUGGUGCAGCAACUUCUGAAGAUGAUCGCAUUUUAAUAAUAGGUGCAACAAAUAGACCGCAAGAAUUAGAUGAAGCAGCACGUCGUCGUCUUGUUAAAAGGCUCUACAUUCCUUUACCAGAGUUGGAAGCACGAAGACAAAUUGUAAAUAAUUUAUUAACGUCGGUACCAAAUAAUAUUACAGAGCAAAAUAUUAUUGAUAUUGCUCGACAAGCAGAAGGUUAUUCAGGCGCUGAUAUGACUAAUUUAUGUAAGGAAGCUAGUAUGGGACCUAUUAGAAGUAUUCCAUUUAGUCAACUAGAAAAUAUACAAACUGAAGAAAUUAGAUCGGUAACAUUUGAUGAUUUUAAAGAAGCUCUACAAAAUGUACGUCCUAGUGUUUCUCAAUUAGAUCUGGCAGUCUAUGUUGAUUGGGACCGCACAUAUGGUUCUGGUUUCCUACAGAAUGAUAAGGUAUGAUAAAAAACUAUUAAAAAAUUUUAUACUAAUAUAUGAAAAUAAUGAUCUGAUAUGUUACAUUCUAAUUUAUGAUUUUGCACAAAUGAAUAAAACAAACUACAACUGCAAUAGGGCAAUAUUGUUUUUCCACUAUGCGCUUGUUCUAUCGGUAUAUAAGCUUAUAUAAAUAAUAGACUUUUCACGUGUAACCUAACAAUCGAGUUAGUGUAUCACAAAAAUUCUUGCAUGUAGCAAAAAUAGCAAUGAACCUGACAAAAGCAAGAAAAAAUCAUAUGCCCGAUUAUACUUCUCUGAAAAUAAAUUAAUUCAGGUGUUUGUUAAUUGUACAAACUUUAUGUUUUGUUUCUAAUUGAUUACUCAUAUAGAUAGCUAUUUACAGCGCUAUAUAUUCUAUUUAUUAUGAUAAAUAGAAUUUUUCAGUGCGUUUCUCUAAGAAAUUAUUUUACAAUUCUACUAUAUUUAAUUUAUUUAUUUAUUGAAGUAUGAUAAAUGUGUGAAGUAUGAUUAAUGUAAAACAUAAGUACAUCAAUGUUUAUUAAGAAUUAGAUCCAAAAGAUUUUGGAAAUGCAUUGAAAUAUGGAGCCAUUCACCCGAUAGUACUUGCGUUAUAUAAUUUAGAUUUAGAUUCAAUAUAUCGCAAUAUAUUUCAAUGCAAAUAAAAUCGCUCAAAUUAUCUAAACUGUAAGAGUAUGUAGUAGAUGGUGUAUUCAACGUGGAGGAAUUAGUACCAGCAGUAUCAUUGUUAUGAGCUUCUUCAUGUACAGCAGCAGCUAAAUUUUGUGCAUCUUCUACAAAUACUGGAUGUAAUUCUGCAAUUCUGUAAUACAGUUAAAUAAUUUAAUAAUAAAAAUACUAACAUUAUGCAAUCUAA